CACCUCUUUACUAUUUCCCGAUCACUUUACCCAUCGUCACAGACGACGCCGACGUUCUUCAAUGGAGGAAAGCUACCUCCAGCACCCUGUAAUACCACGCAAUUCAUCUUCUUCUGCCAUUGACUUGACAGGAACCCCUGCGGGGAUUGCUUCAGCGCCUCCUAGUCCUUCUCCAUCCCUUGACACUUCCGACCGUGUCACUCGACGACGAGCAAGCUGGGGAAGGGUGGAGGCAGGGCAGGACCCUCUUAGCGGAUUCGACACACAUUUCUUUGCUGCCAAUGCAUCGACGACGCCAGCCGUAUAUACUGUCAACGACGAUCCUUUCGACUCACCAACGGAUGAUAUUGGGCCUUUUUCGCGAGAUUUUUCAUACUCAUCCAUCGUGAACCACUACGAUGACGCACAAAAUGACAUGUAUAUGUCCAGCCAGGUGGGGCCGUCGACAGCUUCGCUGAUACAGGUCCAAGGAGUUCAAAGGGACGAGCGGAUGGAGGACGACGAGGUGGGACUAACGUCGCGCAGCCCUCCUGGUCAAAGAUGGUCAGGGAAUCGUGCCAACGAUCCGGAGAACGUUGCCGGUGCCACGCCUAGGUCGCGCAGAAAAACGGUCAGAUACAGCGCGACGCCCUCACCUUUGAGGAAGACGGGUACGGCAAUCAAGUCUGUCUCUCAGAACAUACGUCGUAUAUCUCUGCGGGUUGUCAAUCUGGCUGGCGCUGGCCUAGAGACACAGAUGCGCCUUGCAGAUGACGAUCCAGAUGAGGUCAAGACGGAGGAGUUACCUGAUUUAACUCAGCGUCAACCUCUACGUGGCAGAACGAUAUGCUGUCUUGGACCACAGAGCAGGGUUCGGUUGGCAUUGUAUAGAAUGCUCGUGUAUCCGUGGACGGAAACUGUCAUAUUACUGUUAAUUAUCCUCAAUGCUAUCAUACUCACUAUCCAAGCCGCGCCUUCAUUGACAUUGCCAAGUGCCGACUCAACGGCCCCUGCAAUCAAAGGCUAUUUUCAGACAUGGGAGGACCAUGUGCUGUUUGUUCUGUUUAUUAUAUUUACUUUGGAAGCUUUUGCUAGAAUAUGCGUAUCUGGUUUCCUAUUUGAUCCCGAAAUUCCCGCGUCCUCUCUCUUCACCGUAUUUUUCUCCCAUCGCGACGCCAAUUCUACCACCCCUGCUGCGGGUUCUUCUGCGACCGCGCCGCAGUCCACACUCUCUCGCGAUUUCUCCAUCACCCAACGACUGCGCAACUUCAAUCGUAAUUUGAGCCGCCCUUUCGCCCUCUCUUCUAGCCACACGACUCUCGUGCAUGACAACAGUUCGACUGCGACUGAAAAUGAUGCGAUUGCACUGGAAAAGUCCAAACACGCCGUUCAGUUUUCUCAAAGUUUCCCACUCGAGCCAAAACCCACUUUCUUAUCGCAGAUCAACCCGUUCCACUCGUCGAUCAAGUCGGACUAUGUUCUACUGCCUUUUCAGUUCAGUCUUAAACAAUCCCAUGACAAGACGCACAGGAAUAUCCCGUAUCUACGGCAUAGCUGGUGUCGGAUAGAUUUCGUGGCUACAGUCAGCUUUUGGAUAUCAUUCAUACUGGCGUCGACUGGUGUUGAACGUGGCUCCGAGCACAUAGGUAUUUUUCGAGCAAUGAGUGUUAUUAGGACAGCAAGACUCUUGACUGUUACAUCCGGCACUACUACCAUCAUGCAUUCACUGAAAACGGCACGGCCACUACUAACAAGUGUUGCUUACUUCGUUCUAUUUGCUAUGAUACUCUUUUCUAUCAUUGGUGUCCAAGCUUUCAAAGGCUCUUUUCGGAGAGGUUGUUACCUAAGUCCGACGCUUGGCGAAGACGAAACUCAGAUAGACAAUCAAUUUUGUGGAGGCUAUAUUGACCCGGAUACUCUCAACGUCACCAGCUAUAUCAAGCUGGACGGUACACCUGGGACGUCGAGUAAAGGUUACAUAUGUCCUUUAGGGCAAGUUUGCAGGGAGGAAGAUAACCCAGACAACAACGUGGAAAGUUUUGACACUAUGUACUACGCGGCUCUGCAAGUCAUCAUCGUCGCUUCAGCCAAUGGAUGGUCGCCUCUGAUGUAUUCGAUGAUAGAUUCAGAGUUCUUCGUCUCGUGCUUGUUCUUCAUUAUAUGCAUUAUCAUCCUCAACUUUUGGCUCAUCAAUUUAUUCGUCGCCGUAAUUACCAACACCUUCUCUGCAAUCAGGAAGGAAACCAAGACAAGUGCUUUUGGCGCUGGAACAACGGAGCAACUCACCGAUGAGCAAGACGACGGCUGGCCUUCUGCAGAUGGUCGCCAGGUCCAAUACAAAAAUAUUGCCAAAGUAAUCUACGAGCAUACGCGAUACUGCUGGAUAUUUCUUGCCUUGGUCUCCCUCGCAUUGCAAGCGUCACGAACUGUGGACGUUUCAGAAGUCCACGAAAUGGUCAUGUACUAUGGGGAGCUGGCGAUCACAUUAAUUUUCGACCUAGAGAUCAUACUGCGCAUCCUUGCUUCACUCCCCGAUUGGAGAGGCUUUUUCAAGGAGACGCAGAAUAACUUGGACACUUUCCUGGUCAUUGGAACGAGCAUCAUCCAGAUACCUGUGAUCCACAACUCUGGCGUAUAUCCGUGGAUGACUAUUCUGCAGCUAAUGCGAUUCUACAGAGUGAUAUUGGAGGUUCCUAGGAUGCGACCCCUUUUGUUGACUGUCUUCGGGAACAUGUAUGGUUUGUUGAACAUGACUCUCUUCUUGAUCAUGAUCAAUUACCUUGCUGCCCUUGUCGCGGUUCAACUACUACGCGGAGACUAUACCUCGGAUGACGCGGCAAAUUUCGCGACUUUGUUCAACGCCUUCUUGAAUGUUUAUCAAGUAUUUUCUUCGGAGAACUGGACCAACGUCUUAUACGGCGCCGUAAGCGCGGAAUCUGCGCUUGGUCAAACUGUGGUAGUGGUGGUUUUUAUCAGCUCUUGGUUGCUGUUUGCCAACUUCAUCGUUCUCCAAAUGUUCAUUGCUGUCAUUAACGAGAACUUUGAUGUUGCGGAAGAGUCCAAGAGGGGCAAACAGGUGACUAACUACUACGCAACAACUCAUCAAACGCAGAGCAGUUCGGGAUGGUUCAAACGAUUGAACCCAUAUCGCUGGGUACCGGCGAAUCCCAUCAAAGUCAAGGUGGAAAAUCUGCCUUCCAAUUUGAUCCUCCCGAUGCAGAAGUCCCUUGUUCAAGACUAUAACGUCCACAGUCCUGAUUCUCCGACCACACCUACUGCAGCAGGGUCACGUACGGCUCAGGGUGCAAGACAUUAUGCCACAAAGUCUUUGAAGACUUUGCAUCAGUUGUAUGCUGGAAAGACAGAGUCCAGCGAUGUUCCACUUGCCACUUUAAAGCCAUAUACCCGGGAAGAGCACGUUGUCGACGAUGAGGAAACAGAACGUCAUCUAGAACUUUUGGCGUCGCUAAACCCAGAGGCUACUGCGGCAGGAGAUCUGAAUGAUGCGCUAUACGAGCAAAGGGCACGAAAGGCCGACUUCAUACGAAAUCAUCCCACGUACGACAAGACAUUUUGGCUCUUUUCUCAGGACAAUGCCCUUCGGAAGGCCUGUCAGAGACUUGUCAUGCCGGCUAACGGAGAGCGUAUCUUUGGCCAACCCCAAUCCCCUGUUGCGCAUACCAUUUUCCAGACGAUUCUAUUCAUGACCGUACUGGCCGGAAUUGUAGUGGAGAUCAUCGCCACUCCCAAAUUUCGUCGUAACUACGCUCUCCAAAAUGGCCUUACUCGUGGAGCUUGGUUCGAUGUGGCAGAAGUUGCUCUUGGAUUCACCCUUCUUGUCGAGUUUCUUAUCAAAAUUGUCGCUGACGGAUUCAUGUUUACGCCCAAUGCGUACGUUAACAGUGUAUGGAACGUUAUCGACUUCUUCAUUUUGGCUGGUUUAUUGAUCAACGUGACGACCACGUUGAUCUUCGUCGGAGGACUCAGUAGACUGACACGCUCUCUCAAGGCGCUGCGUGUCCUCAGGUUUAUCACGCUGUUCGAUGCCACAAGGAAAUCUUUCCGGUCGUUAAUCAUUUCCGGUGCCUCUCGUAUUCUCGACGCCGCUAUUUUGGCCAUUCUCUACAUGAUUCCUUACGCCAUCUGGGGUCUCAACCUGUUUGCUGGAAAGAUGAACACGUGCAACGACACUAAUGCAUCAGGAUCGUCUGAUUGCAUUAAUGAAUACACCAAUACGGUGUAUGGAAAUGCAUUUGGUUUUGUGACUCCACGAGUUUGGGAUCACCCAUCGCCUUCAACCACGUUUUCCUUCGACAACUUUAGGUCCUCUCUACUUAUUCUCUUUGAGAUCGUGUCUUUGGAAGGCUGGAUUGAUGUGAUGAAUGUCGCCACCAGUAUCACGGGCACGAAUGAGCAACCGUCAACGAAUGCAAGUGAAGUUAAUGCGUUAUUCUUUGUGAUCUACAACUUGUUGGGAGGCGUCAUUAUCUUGACACUCUUCGUCUCGAUAAUCAUCGGCAACUUCACUUCGAAGACUGGUACUGCCCUUCUCACGAAACCUCAAAGGGAGUGGGUCGAUUUGAAGAAGCUUAUCACCCGUCAAAGACCUUCGAAAAGACCAAAGUCAAGGCCAACAUGGGCUCUUCGUGCCUGGUGUCAUGACAGAGCAGUGCAUAAGCAUGGCUGGUGGGCGAGAGUUAUGCUUGUGUUAUACAUAUUGCACAUCCUUGCACUCAUGACUCAGACCUUCACCAGUCAGAACUUGGGCGACACUUUGCGCAAUGACUUCUUCCUAGCACUAACGUUUGUAUAUCUCAUCGACGUCGCGGUGCGCUUUCUGGGUCUCGGCUGGCAAAAUUUCCGUGCCAACGGAUGGAAUAUCUUCGACAUAAUUUCUGCUGGAGGUAGUUUUGUGACUACGAUGUUCGUUCAGUUUGGAUCAAGCGGGUUUGUGACCCAGCAGCUACAGAAGUUGUUUCUCGUCAGUAUCGCCUUCAAACUCGUGCAACGGACGAACAGUCUGAACAAGCUGUUCAAAACCGUCAUGGCGAGCUUGCCGGCCAUCGUGAACCUGCUCAUUCUCUGGCUCGUCUUCUUCGGGUUCUUCGCUAUUCUCUACGUGGAGGUCUUUUGUUUGACGAAGUGGGGUUCUGCUGAGAACAGAAAUGAAAACUAUUCCUCUGUCGUGAAUGCCCUUGUCAUGCUUGCCUUCAUGAGCACCGGGGAAGGAUGGAAUCAGUAUAUGCAUGACUAUGCCACUGUGUACCCUCGUUGUACAAAUGCAUCGUCGUCUCUUUCGGACUCAGAUUGUGGCAGUGUGGGAUGGGCUUUUACGCUCUUCAUAGCAUGGAACGUCCUAAGCAUGUAUAUAUUUGUCAAUCUGUUCACUGGUGUUGUUGUCGACAAUUUUUCUUAUGUCUUCCAAACUUCUGGCGGAGCUAAGUCCAUCACUCGAGAACAAAUGCGUUCCUUCAAGAAGAUAUGGGCGGAGUUUGCAGAUUUCAAGACGGGAUAUCUACCGCGCAAUCGCUUCGCUGCAUUCUUUUCGAGACUCAGCGGCAUUUUCGAAGUUAGAAUCUAUCCUGUGGAGUACAGUGUACGAAAUAUCAUGAAUGCCUCGAAGGCGACUGGGGAUCUCUAUACAAGAGAGGUUGAAGGAAUCGAUCUCGCCGAGCUGUCUAAAGUACUUGAUGGUAUCGACUACAUCGCCGUCAGAAAACGGAGAGCGAUAUACAGUCGACUAUUUCACGAAGCAAGUGUGUCGCAUCAAGGGGUCGGCAUUUCGUUCACAGGAAUGCUUACUUUACUGGCCCACCAUAAGCUUAUCGUUGAUCAUGAAGCCCUGGUGUUUCAGGAUCUUGUUACUCGAACACGCACCAAUAGGCUUGUGACAGACUUGGUCAAUCUGGAUCGUGUUCGUUCUCUCUUGAAGACCAUUUCACAACGACGUCGCUUCUUGGCACACAUGGAACAAAAACGGUUGUCGAGAUUUGGCUCGAAAGAAAUUCCGUCUAUUGUUGUGGAUACAAUGCCCGAGACGCCUCUGUUGUCAUCCCGCGACAUUUCUUCUCUUGGAUAUGGUUCGGUGCCGGGGAGCCCAACACCGGAAUACCGAUUCGCUUCUCCAGACGUGUCGCUUAUUGCUGAUAGCCCUGGACGUGGACUACACAGGAGCAGUCGGCGGAUCAGUGACAUCAGCAUGCUAGGGACCGAUUUCAGUUUCAAAUUGCCGACGGAUUCAUCCGUAUUGGAGGAUGAUCCUGAGAAUCCAUUCUCAUCAUCUAUGCAACAUUCUAUAUGGGGAGAUCUUAUGUCAGAAGCCGUGAAAGAGGAGGGGAAUCGGUGAUAUGUUUGUACGGAAUUAGACACUCAUUGGAUUGGACUCGUUAAGGACGUUUUUCAUAGAUUAGCAUGUGUACAUUACUAUCAGCACAUUAGUAUCAUGACGCUCAAUAUCGGACCAUGC